UGAAUUGAAAAAAAAUAUUAAUUCAACAAAAACUUGAUUAACUCGGUUAAGUUUUUAAUAACCUGACUAAUCCGGUCAAAGUUUUGAAGCAACGUCCCCUCUCCCAUUUUCUCUCCAAUAGGCACUUAUUUUCUCGGGUUCUAAAAAAUCUCAAGUUAAACACUCCGAACUUGAGACUCUGCAAAAUUUCUUGCGGACUUGCUAAAGCCAAAGAGACAAUUUCUACGACAAAUAAAAUAAUCAAAGAACCUCACAAGUACUUUGAUCAGGUAAUAAUCACCGUUCGAUCAGGAGAUGGAGGCCACGGCGCGGUCCUCAACAUGCCUAAUCAGAACAACAAUGCUGGCAAGGGAAAACAGGAGAAAAAGAGUAGACAUAAGAGCUCGUAUAAAAGAGAUUUGGAUGGAUCGUUAAUUCUUCCUGUUGGUGGACAUGGAGGUGAUGUAGUGAUUUAUGCGGAUGAAGGAAAAGAUUCGUUACUGGAGCUUCAUAGCAAAAGUAGAUUUAAUGCGAAACGCGGUGGAAAUGUUGAUGCUAUGGGUGUUUUAACUUAUCAAUUGCAUAAUGGAUUUGAUGCCUCGACGUUGCGUAUUCCUGUGCCUGUACGGUUGUAAAGCGUAAAAGAGGGAAGUUAUUGGCUGAUUUAGCGCAACCAGGUGAUGAAAUACUUGUUGCGAGGGGUGGACAAGGAGGGUUUGAUUGAAGCCCCAGAGCGUAGAAAGGAAAGAUUAAUGGCUUUAACAACGAAUGCGAUGAGAGAUGAUAGUGAUAAGGUUUUAAUUCUUGGUCAGACCGGGGAGGAGGUCAGCCUAGAGUUGAUUCUACAAGUCGUUGCUGAUGUUGGUCUGGUGGGACUUCAAAAUGCUGGAAAAUCAACUCUUUUAGCAUCCAUUACACUUGCGAAGCCAGAUAUUGCUGAUUAUCCUUUCACAACAUUGAUGCCAAACCUUGGACGCCACAAUGGUGACCCAACUUUAGGAGCAGGUAUGUAUUCAUCUGAAGCAACAUUGGCAGAUUUGCCAGGCCUUAUAGAAGGCGCUCAUCUGGGGAAGGGUCUUGGUCGCAAUUUCCUAAAGCACCUUAGAAGGACUCAUGUAUUGGUCCAUGUUGUUGAUGCAGCUGCUGAGGACCCCCGUGAAUGAUUACAGAACUGUCAAAGAAGUAUAUCUUCCUUUUAUGCUAUAUUAUUCUUGGUUUAUUAUAUAUUUAUUUUGAAAAAUAGCUCUCAGUUUCACGUGUACACAGAUGUAGAAGUGCUUUUGCUGUUUUUGUGAGUUGAUAUGACUUUGUUUGGUGAAAUCUAUGGGUAUAGCUUGCCUAUAUAAAUAAAAAACUAAACUUCAAGAUCUCUACAAA